AUGAAGACUAAACCUUUACUUGCUAAAGGUCUAUGUUUUAGAGUGGGCAGAGGAGAUUCUGUAAAUAUUUGGGAGGACCGUUGGGUUCCUAAUCUCCCGAACUUCCUUUCGAAACCAAGAAUUACUUCUGAGUCCACUAUAGGAAUGGUUAGCUCGUUAAAAUUAAGCAAUGAUCAGUGGAACCAUGAUUGGCCGGAGAGUCUCUUCGAGUAUGAGUCCGCCAAGUGCAUAAAGGAAAAUUUCUGGGCUAAUAAUGAUCAAGCUGACAAAAUCAUCUGGAUAGGGAUCAAAUCUGGAUCUUUCAAAGUUAAAUUGGCUUAUAAUAUGGAUGUUGAAGGUGAGGUUAGAAAUGAGCAGUGGUGGAAAUUCUUGUGGGAAAGCAGGAUCCAUAAAAGAACCAAGUUUUUCCUUUGGAAUCUGACCAAUGUAGGGCUUCCUCUAUUCUCUAAUCUGAUUUUUAGAGGUUUAUCUUUGGACAAUGUGGAAUGUCCUCACGGUUGCCAGGCGGUGGAAACGGAACUCCAUCUCUUCUUCCACUGCAAAAUUGCCAAGAGAUUAUGGUUUGUGAGCCCGUGGGGUAUUAGGUGGAAGAGUUUCGAUAACCAUGAUAUUUUUACCCUCCUUAAGUGCAUUUCCAACCUGGAGGCUUCCCUUCCAGUUCAUCAGGAGGACAAGGCAAAUUUCUUCAUGUUUAGUGCUCUCACCCUGGAACAUAUCUGGUGGAUUCACAACAAAGUCAUCCAUGGUGGCCGAGCGGAGAGUUUUGAGCUUGCUCCUGAAGUUGUGAUGAAAAGAUUCAAGGAGCUUAAGAAUGCCAUCAGACAUGAUGUUUCAGAUAAGCAUCCCCAGACAAUAGACAUUAAUUGUUUUCUGUCUGGCUGGAGAAAACCACCUGAGGGUGUUAUCAAGCUUAAUUCAGAUGCUACUAUUAGAACCUCAGGUAGUCAUCUGACAGUGAUAGCCAGAACUAGCAGAGGUAAUGUUCUUCAUAUCCAAGCUUUUAAAUCGAAUGUGAAUGUCCUAGAAAUCACAGAGCUAAAAGCUAUUUUGAAAGCCAUUCAAGUGGCGAAAUUCUUCAAUUGGAGCAACAUUUAG